CAGGUAAAUUGGUCAUAAUGUUCAUGCAAUUAGGAGCAAAGCUACCUCUGUAUGCUUUUAAGAGGGUGAACAAGAUUGUCGGUGAAAAGGGUCUAAUUGCUCUUGACUACAUAGAGCCUUCCAUUGCUUUCUUGGAUUCUCUUCUUCUUGGGGAGUGGGAGGAUCGUAUGCAGAGAGGGCUCUUUCGCUAUGAUGUCACCGCUUGCGAAACCAAGAUGAUGAUUUUUCAGGUAAUCCCGGGAGAGUAUGGAUUCAUUGCACAGCUGAAUGAGGGCAGACACCUUAAGAAGAGGCCAACUAAGUUUCGUGUUGAUAAGGUCCUGCAGCCCUUUGAUGGGAACAAAUUCAACUUCACUAAAGUUGGACAGGAAGAGGUGCUUUUCCAAUUUGAAGCAAGUGAUGAAGACAAUGAAACCCAGUUCUUCCCAAAUGCACCCAUCGAUGUUGAGAAUUCUCCAAGUGUCGUGGCCAUCAAUGUUAGUCCUAUUGAGUAUGGUCAUGUACUUUUGAUCCCUUGGAUUCUUGAAUGCCUGCCUCAGAGGAUCGACAAGGUGAGUUUCUUGCUUGCUCUUUACAUGGCAGCAGAAGCUGGAAACCCGUACUUCAGAUUGGGUUACAACAGCUUGGGUGCAUUUGCUACAAUCAACCACCUUCAUUUCCAGGAGAUAAUGCACGAUCCUCAGGUGGCAGCCGAUGGAUUCACCUACGAAGGAGAUGCUCUGCGUGGAUGGUUGGAAAAUGGCCGAGAAACUUCCCCGAUGACCAAUUUGAGACUGGAUCACUUGCAUCUCACUCCCAACCAUGCACUGAGACUUGCUAUUCAAGAUUGGCUUUGCAAAGUUUAACAUACCAUUCGUAUACAUUCAGUCUAUGUCAUAAUGUAUAUUUGUAGAGUCUUCUUGUAUUUGGAGAAAAAAAAACCCUUUUACCAUUGUAUUUGGAUAACUAUUGAAAUAUUCUGUCUAAAGAGGACUGGGAGAAACAACAGGCUAAAGAGGUAGAGCAUUGCAUUGGCUUCUGUAUGCCAGUUGUAUCAAAAUCUUGUAUUGGUAUCACGAACUUUUUUUUAUGUAUUUUAUUUUAUUUGUAUGUUAA